GCGGGGCGCUGGCGCCCCGCGGACCCCGCGACCCCGGGCGAGUGGGCGGGCGCCCCGGACGGGCAGCCCAGCCGGCGCAGGCGGCGGUGGCGGCGGCCGCGGUGGUCGCGCUCAGACGCCCCGUGCGCCGCGCUCCAUGCCGGUGUGGUGCUGCCGCUGCUCCCUGGCCGGUCAUUUCAGAAACUAUAGUGACACUGAAACCGAAGGAGAGAUUUUUAAUUCCUUAGUGCAAUAUUUUGGUGAUAAUUUGGGGCAAAAAGUUAAAGCUAUGCCAUUAGUUGAAGAAACUUCUUUACUGGAAGAUUCAUCAGUGACUUUGCCUGUGGUAGUAAUAGGAAAUGGACCCUCAGGAAUCUGCCUUUCUUACAUGUUAUCGGGCUACAGACCAUAUUUAUCAUCAGAAGCAAUACAUCCAAAUGCAAUCUUACAUAGUAAAUUAGAAGAAGGAAGACAUCUUUCCAUUGUUGAUCAGGACUUAGAAUACCUGUCUGAGGGCCUUGAGGGCCGAUCAUCCAAUCCAGUGGCAGUACUUUUUGACACACUUCUUCAUCCAGAUGCUGACUUUGGGUACGAUUAUCCAUCCGUUUUGCAUUGGAAAUUAGAACAACAUCAUUACAUCCCUCACCUAGUUCUCGGUAAAGGUCCACCUGGUGGAGCUUGGCAUAAUAUGGAAGGUUCCAUGUUGACAAUCAGCUUUGGAAAUUGGAUGGAGCUACCUGGACUUAAAUUUAAAGACUGGGUAUCCAGCAAACGAAGGAACCUAAAAGGGGAUCGUGUUAUGCCAGAGGAAAUAGCUCGUUACUAUAAACAUUAUGUAAAAGUCAUGGGUCUGCAGAAGAAUUUCAGAGAGAAUACUUAUAUCACCUCUGUAUCAAGACUCUACAGAGAUCAAGGUGAUGGUGAUGGACAAGACAGAAAUAUUUCAACGCAGCAUUUACAGAUAGAGAAGUCAAAACUUAUCAAGAGAAAUUGGGAGAUCAGAGGUUAUCAGCGAGUAGCGGAUGGUUCCCAUGUUCCCUUCUGUCUCUUUGCUGAGAACGUAGCUCUGGCAACUGGAACGCUGGAUUCUCCUGCCCACCUGGAAAUUGAAGGGGAAGAUCUUCCUUUUGUGUUCCAUUCAAUGCCUGAAUUUGGAGCUGCUAUAGGCAAAGGAAAGUUGCGUGGCAAAGCGGACCCAGUGUUAAUUGUGGGUUCUGGGCUUACUGCAGCUGACGCAGUACUGUGUGCAUACAACAAUAAUAUUCCUGUGAUUCAUGUAUUUCGCAGACGAGUAACUGAUCCAAGCUUAAUUUUCAAACAGCUUCCCAAAAAGCUUUAUCCAGAAUACCAUAAAGUCUAUCAUAUGAUGUGUACUCAGUCAUAUUCUGUAGACUCCACUCUUCUUUCUGAUUAUACCAGUUUUCCUGAGCACCAUGUGCUUUCCUUUAAGUCGGACAUGAAAUGCAUUCUUCAAAGCAUCUCUGGAUUGAAGAAAAUAUUUAAGCUCUCUGCAGCAGUAGUACUGAUAGGUUCUCAUCCCAAUCUGUCUUUUCUGAAGGAGCAAGGGUGUUACCUGGGCCACAACUCAAGCCAGCCCAUCACAUGUAAGACUAAUCCUGUGGAAAUAGAUGCAUAUACCUACGAAUGUGUUAAAGAAGCCAACCUUUUUGCAUUGGGUCCUUUGGUUGGAGACAAUUUUGUUCGAUUUUUAAAGGGAGGGGCAUUGGGUGUUACACGCUGUUUAGCUAUGAGGCAGAAGAAAAAACAUUUAUUUGUGGAAAGAGGAGGAGGAGACGGGAUAGCUUAAAGUGAGUUUACAAGUAAUUUAUAUGGACAGUUUACCAUUAAAGAUUUUUUAAUAGUGGUUUUGCAGUGUACUGGCUUGAAGUUUCUGGACUUGAAUGAACUGAAGAGAGCCUCAAGCUAUCUAUAGUAACUAUUUUUUACAGUUACAAGAACUUGGCAUCCUGAUCUAUAUAGUAUCAAAGGUAUCACUGUCAGACCAAUAGAAACACUGCCAAUUUGGUAUAUUUUAAGCGCUUAACAAAAACGUUCUUUUCUUCCAAGACUUAUUUUUGGUGAUCAUUUGUGGUUAUGUUCGAUUCCAAAAUCUGACAGCCUUGAAUAAUGGAUAAAACCAUACAGUCCCAUUAAACCAGAAAUUGUCUUCACUGUAUAUUCGAGCAGCAAGGUGACCUAAGGGUGGUCUAAAGACCAACAUUAGCUUCAUUUGUAGCUUGGUAGAAGUGUGGACUUUCAGGCCCCACAACAGAUUACUGAAAUCAGAAACGGCAUCUAAUGAGAUCCUCAAGGAAUCUGUAUGCUCAUUUAAGUUUGAGGCAUACUGGUGUAAAAGAACUAUAACUUAGGUAUGCUGGGGGUGGGCAGAGUAGGAAGCAUUUAUAACUCAGGUUUAAUUUAUUUUGAAUGAUCAAUUCUAUAAAUCUAAUUUAUUACCAAAUAUGGUAUUUUAAAAAAUAUUUUUAUUGUAAACUUGGUAAGUACUUCAUAUUCUUAGCUUCUAAUAAUUUAAAGAGUCCAAUAAUGUUGGCAUACACUUAAACAUUCAGAAACCUGCCAAAAUAUUUUUGGAGAUUUAUUCUCUCUUUAACAUAACAAUCUAACUUGCAAUUCAAUAAAUUGUGAAAACUA